GCGUAUCAAUCCCGCCUCUCAUUGGACGGCCGACGUGACGUGGGGUCGCAGCGCCGCCGCUGAUUGGUCGCUGCGGCUGCCGCUUAACCGUGUUGCCUUCGCGACGGACUUUCGCCGGCGCUGCAGCAGAGCCAAUACGCUCAAUGUCACCAGCCAACGGAGGAGAGGAUUCCACGGCGAAGCCACAAAAGCUCUUCGCCACCGGCGCAUGAAGAUAUUUACCCAGGUUAAAACAGCAGAGAUACAUAAGAUGGACGGAGCAAAUAAGUGUAAAGUACAGUGUAGGACUAAAGCAGAGAGGAUGGAGUCUCCUGCACAGAGGUCUGAGCUGGCGACAUGAGGCGUUCAGGUGAUCUACUGCUGCUGUGGAUGGGCUUUCCUGUUUUCCAGCAGCGUGAUCAGCAGAUGUGUGUGCCAGGCAAACCCUCCUCCACCGCUUCAGGCACGUCUAACCAGAAGCGAUGGCCUGAGGAACGACCCAUAACAAAUACUGCACAUUUACAAUUAAUCUCUCUUUCAUUCAGAGUGUAACACGAGGACUAUUCAUGCUUUGUGUGGCACGUACCAGUGAAAAAGGACAAACAAUGCUUGGUCAGUGUCCAUUACCCAGCAACCACUUAGAUGUGUUAUCAAGAGGAAACAAACCCAUGAGUCGAACUGUACUAAUCCAUCGAGCCUCUGAAGCAAUUAGCAGGAGAACCUGUUUCAUUGUUAGUGCCUGGUGCCAUGUUAAAUUAAUUUAGGAAACAUAUUUACAGUUUGCAGCUUAGAUUCUAUUUUGGUUGAUCUGUAAUUAGUUAUAGGACUUUAUUUUGGCUUCCAGUACAUUAAUUAAUCUACCUAUAAUUAAAAAAGCAUUUUGUCCCUCAUUUGUUCUCUCCACUCGUUAUUUACUGCUUUCAUAUAAGGCUCGGUCAUUCUUUUUAUUUGCACACAUAAAAGGCUGGUAUUCAGGGCUUGUUGCUUUGAGCUGUAAAGUGGAACCCUCUCCUCUCUUAGCAAAUCCUUUUCAGGCUGCCUGAGAUCAAUGCCUGCAAUGCAAUGAUAUUCAUGGGGCAACGGCAGGACGGUGUUUGAAGGCUGGGAGCCCAUGGACCCGACAAAAGGGAAUUGCUUUGAUUUUGCCAACAAAGCUUUAACGUACAUUCAUUUAUCGUGAUGUAGAGAUGAAGGAGGAAGCGUCCUAAGUUCAUUUCCUCUCCAGGUUUACACUCACUGAACCACUGGUUUUUGUUUUAUUGGAAUCAGGUGUCACCACCUCAGGUCCUUCCUGUGUGUUUUCCUCUCGUGGGAUGUUGUUAGAUGCUUGUUCUCAUGGCAGCAAGGAGCCAAGACCUAAUUACAAACCUAUACACCCACAAUAUAAGGGUGCCAAUCAUCACCUGCAGAACCAUACAGUUUCUGAGUGACAGUGAUUUGCGGUUUGUUUAUCUUGGUUGUCAUUGAAACCUCAGCCUUGGAGUAGGAUCUUAAUUUGGGUUGAUUCCUUCCUAAUUCAAAUGGUGAAUCUUAUCAUAAUAAUGCUAUUUAACUGUGUAAUAUUAAUUUCUUGUGCUUUAUUUCAGGAAACAACCCCAUGGCCAAACCCUAACGCUAUCAUCUGUUCAGCCUCUAUCCCCUUCGUUCCGGUCAAGCUCCUCUUCCCUCCUCCUCAACCUGUGGCCUAUUUAUACCCUAGAGGCUCAAAGGCGCCCAUUAAAGCUGUGCAGCCCUUUCCAGCCGGAGACAAGAGGAUGAACAUGACACCAUGUGGUCCACCCGUUCCCCCGUCUCAUCAUCUUUUUUAAAAAGCUAGGAUACAGCAUGUGCUCAGGUGCACGCCUGGCCUUUUUGUCUUUUUAAGCUCAAGUACCAGAAAAAUACCCAGUCAUGGCAUUCGUUCAUAUAUAUGAAGCCCUGCCCUCACAGCCAUGAGCUAAGCCCCCUCCACCCUGGGCAUCCUUUUCAGGAUGACUGCUGUCUACCCCUCUGAGAGCAGCCCAGAGGGGAAUGAAGCCGGGGCCGGGACAGCAGCCUCCAGGGGGUCGGGGGCAGCGGCGGCUGCUGGGAGCAGCUCCGUGUCCGGGGCAGAGACCGGGGAGUCCAAUGCAGACUCCGUCAGAGGGUCCGUUGGGGGCACUGUGGGCGUCAGCGGUGGCCAGAGGUUCACCCGCUGGAGCCGCCAGGACAGCUCCGACAUCAACACGGACGACGAGGGGGCCGUGGUCCGCCGCCUCACCCCUCUGGAAAGACUGAACCUGGACAUGUGCCAGGAUGACAGGGUGGUCCGGGAGCUAACGGUGGGCAGAAGAAUCGGCUUCUACAAAAUUCGAGGAGAGAUCGGAUGUGGAAACUUCUCCCAUGUUAAGUUAGGAAUUCAUGCCCUUACCAAAGAUAAAGUUGCCAUAAAGAUCUUAGACAAAACCAAAUUGGACCAGAAAACCCAGAGGCUGCUGUCCAGAGAGAUCUCCAGCAUGGAGAAGCUGCAUCAUCCCAACAUCAUACGCCUCUACGAGGUGGUGGAGACGUUGUCACGGUUACACUUAGUGAUGGAGUACGCAGGGGGCGGGGAGCUGUACACCAAGAUCACAACAGAAGGGAAGCUUUCUGACGCCGAUAGCAAGCUCGUCUUUGCUCAGAUCCUCUCUGCCGUUAAACACAUGCAUGAGAACAACAUCAUCCACCGCGACCUGAAGGCAGAAAACGUCUUUUACACCAGCAGCUCCUGUGUGAAGGUGGGAGAUUUCGGCUUCAGCACGCUGAGCCGCCGCGACGAGACGCUGAACACAUUCUGCGGCUCGCCGCCGUACGCCGCGCCCGAGCUCUUCCGGGACGAGCACUACGUCGGCGUGUUCGUGGACAUCUGGGCACUGGGUGUGAUGCUGUUCUUCAUGGUGACCGGCACCAUGCCGUUCAGGGCCGACACCGUGGCCAAGCUCAAGCGCUGCAUCCUGGAGGGCGCCUACGUCCUGCCCCCCUGGGUGCCGGACGCCUGCCAGAGGGUGAUUAGGGGAAUCCUCCAACCCACACCGUCCGAUCGCUGCACCGUGGAGCAGAUGAUGGGCUGCGAGUGGCUGCUGCCGGUGGACUUCCCACGGGCCAUGGAGCCUUUUCAGCUGGACCCAUCGCACCUCGUGGAGAGUGACCCGGCUGAACUCGCGGAGGAGGAGAGGGAAGUGAAGACGGCACUGGAGACGCUAGGAAUCACCUCGGAACACAUCCUCAACAACCAGGGGAAAGACUGCAGGAGCUCCAUCACUGGGGUCUAUAGGAUCCUGCUACACCGGUCUCACAAGAAACGAGCUGUGCAGAACAUGCCCGCGGUCACACCGAUAGUUGGACCAACUACAAGUAAAAAGGAAAGACUAAAAGUGUACCGUAGUUUACGGCACACAUCCAAACUCUGUGUAAUUCUGUGACCACACGCCCCGCCUGGAAUUGAAUGACUGAGUAGUCUGGUAUAAAUGCAUGGAUUGUGCUUUUCAGUCAUGGUAUACUGUACAGCGCCACUCAGCUCCUGAAAUCUGGGAUUUCUUACCUUAGUAUCUUUCUUCUAGUAAGUAAAAUGUUAGUCUCUGUGAGAAUGUUGCUACCACUGAAUCCUUAUGGUCUCCAGCAAUAGAGACAUGUAAUCCUCAUCAUGAUCUGGGAAUGUUGAAAUAUAAUUUAAUAAAAAUAAUGAAUAGUUGA